CGCCGAUUAUUCGAGCUGCUCUUCACCUAUCUCGGCCAGUGCUCGUCGCACAGCAACCACGCUCUCUCAAUCUACACCUACGGCUUCUAGACCCUCUUUGACCACGCUUUAACAUGCUUUUCAACACGCUCUACCUUACGUUCCUGCUCUCGACUCUAUCUGCGGGACUGCCGCUCGAAGGUGCACUGCAACCUCGAGAAAUUAUUCCCCGCGCAAAGUCGUACGCCAUCGUCAACGUGGAUGGCGGCUCUUCCACUCCUCCACCUGCAGAAACCACGACAGUAACCGAGGACAAGACGAAGACCAUCAAAGUCACAGACGCUGCUUCGACGCCGACAGACACUGCGACUGCGACGCUCCACCCAACGCCUGCGCCGACCGGCUCCGAACGUUCAAGCGGCCCUACGAGAGCAACAAGUUCGUCGCCGGCGACCACUCCCCAACCGAAACCCAGUUCGUCCGAACGGCCGGUCGCGACUCCUGCGCCUAGCAUUGUAACGAUCGUCAUCACGGAAACAGCUGCGCCGACAGAGUACUACGAUAACGGCAUGUGGCAUACAAGCUAUGUGGUCAAGACGUUCUGGGCAGCCGCUGUGGCAUCUUCGACCAUUUCGACCUCAACGGUAGCUGCAUCUGCCUCUCCAUCGCUGCCGAUACUGGAGGACGCGGCUCUAUCGUACAAUCAGACGCACGGAAGGCGCGCUGCUUGGAUGCGGCGCGACGAGGGGACGUUUGCAGAUUGACUUCUUGAACAUAUUUUGCGCUGAGCAGGCUUGAUUGGACUACUGUAAUGAUUAAUGGAGGAUAUGGAUCAUGCGAAACCACAUUCAGCAUGACUUCUGGAUAGAUAUGGCACGGCAACGGCUGCAUUGGGACGGCGUCUUGCGUUGCACGGCUUGAUGGAGAGUCGCAAUUAGAUUGAAGACUUAUGUACAAAAGAUCAUCAUACCAUUAACUCCAUAUGGGCC